CACCACCACCACAACUCUUUCUCCACGCACAAUGCCGCACGCCGACUCGAGCCUCGUGCCUCCAGGCCUCACGACCAAGGCCGAGUUCUACGCCCACGUCACGGAGCAGCUCGAGCUCCUCCUCGACGGACACAGGUACUGGGUUUCCAACCUCGCGCAGGCCAGCGCGCUGCUGUACCACUCGUAUGCGGGGUCCGAGCUGUACGGCCUCGCAGACAACCACACGCCCGUGGUCAACUGGGUCGGGUUCUACGUCCAGCCGUCGGCUGAGCCCGUGAAGGGCAAGCCGGCGCCGCUCGUCCUCGGCCCGUACGCUGGCCGCCCGGCGUGCAUCACCAUCUCGCCCGUUGCCGGGCGGGGCGUGUGCGCCGACGCGUUUGUGAAUGACGCGCCCGUCGUCGUGGGCGAUGUCGACGCCUACCCCGGCCACAUUGCUUGCGACGGCGACACCAAGUCCGAGAUUGUGCUUCCCUUGCGCUUGAGCACUCCUGCUGGUGUCUCGGCCACCGUCGGCGUCCUCGACCUCGACUCGACCGUCCUCAGCACCUUUGACGACGAGGACCGCAAGGGCCUCGAGGAGGUGGUUCGUAUUCUCGCCAAGGCCAGCGACUGGACCCCUUGAAUGCCGUGAUGCCACAGCAGAGCCCUAGAGCACAUGCACUCUUGAUACAUAAACACGAGAA